AUGACUCUUGUUGGUACGCUGGUUAUAAUUAUCAUGGCUACCUUGCUGUUGUAUUUUCUCAGAAAAAGCAAAAGAGUGGUAUUGUCCCAGAAGGAAUGGACACGACGAGGUCUGCUGCCCCCGGGGCCUGCCACACUGCCCAUCAUUGGGAACAUGCACCAGAUGGUUUGGAACAAGCCGGCAGUGUUCCGGUGGAUCCAUCGCCUUCUCAAGGAGAUGAACACACACAUCAUGUGCCUCCGUCUCGGAGCUACUCAUGUCAUUGUUGUGACAUGCCCAGAGAUAGCAUGUGAGGUACUACGGAAGAAGGAUGAAGUUUUCGCCUCCCGUCCCACCACCUUCGCCUCGGGUACAUUCAGCUUCGGGUACAAGGGCUCCGUCUUGUCACCGCAUGGAGAGCAGUGGAAAAAGAUGAGGCGCGUCCUCACCUCGGAGAUCCUCACCUCGUCCAUGGAGCAGAAGCUCAACCACCUACGGAAGGAGGAGUACGACCACCUUGUAAGGUACAUUAACACCACCGCUUGUCAUCGCAUGAUGCCACAUGCAAAAAACAUUGUCAACGUGCGCCAUGUGGCACAACAUUUCUGUUGUAACCUGAUAAGAAGGCUUGUGUUCGGUAAAAGAUACUUUAGCAACCUACCGGCUUCGUCAACUAAUGGGCCUGGAUAUGAGGACGAGGCACAUGCGGCCGCUCUUUUUAAGGCCCUCAACCAUGUGUACAGCUUCUGCGUGUCUGACUACAUCCCAGCCCUGGUAGGCCUCGACUUGGAUGGCCAUGAGGAGGUUUCCAUGGAUGUCAUGAGAACACUCAACCGGUUGCAUGAUCCCAUCAUAUGGGAGCGGAUCCAUGAAAGGUCAUCCACUCUUGAGAAAGGUGGUGAGGAUAAAGAGGUUAGAGACUUUUUGGAUGUCCUAGUUCAUCUUAAAGAUGCAGAGGGACAACCGUUGCUAUCCCUACAAGAAAUAAGAGCACAAACGGCGGAAAUGGUGCUUGCAGCAGUCGACAACCCAUCAAAUGCGGUUGAGUGGGCGCUCGCCGAGAUGAUGAACAGACCAGAGAUCAUGCAAAAAGCAACCGAUGAACUCGACGCUGUCGUUGGUAAAGAUAGACUAGUCCAGGAGUCUGAUAUUCCUCGGCUAAAUUAUCUCAAAUCGUGUAUCCGGGAGGCCUUCCGCAUACACCCAUACCAUGCUCUUAAUUUACCCCAUGUUGCAAUGGUGGACACCACUAUCACUGGCUACACCAUCCCAAAGGAUAGCCACAUCCUUUUAAGCCGGCUUGGACUUGGCCGAAACCCCAAGAUUUGGAGCGAACCAAUAGAGUUUCGUUCUGAGAGGCAUCUGAAUACCGUGAAUGUUCUUCUCACUGAGCCAGGCCUACGUUUCAUUUCUUUUAGCAGUGGGAGAAGGGGUUGUCAUGGGAUUUCACUUGGUACCUCUAUCACAAUGAUGUUGUUUGCAAGGAUGCUGCAGGGCUUCACUUGGACAAAACCUGCAGGCGUUAAAACUAUCAGUCUACAGGAAAGCAAUGCAAGCCUUGCCCUACUGGAACCCCUUGUUUUGCAAGCUCAACCACGGCUGGCUGCGUAUCUCUAUAAAUGA